UUCCUAUAUAUUUAUUUAUUUGUAAACAUAUGAUUCAUUGGUUAAUUGAGAAGAAAUGUUACUUUAGAAAAAGUAUAAAGGCAAAGCUAAAGUAAAGCAGGGAAUAAGUUAAAGGCAAAAGGGAAGAGGUGAGUUGAAGUUUAAUUUGCAUUAUCUGUGAACGAUCUCUUCCAUUUUGAUGGCAUCAGUUGCGGUGGACAGCUUGAUUAUGAAGCUGGCGCGGUUACUGAAUGAGGAAGUGACGCUGCUGAGAGAUGUGCGGACGAAAGUUGAAGGAGUGAGAGAUGAGCUGUGUUUGAUCCAAGCUUACUUGAAGGAUGCUGAUGCCAAGGCAGAUACUGCUGACACCUCCUCCCACGCCGUCAAGGUUUGGGUCAACCAACUCAGACGUGCUUCCUUUCGCAUCGAAGAUGCCGUUGACUUUUACAUCAUCAAACUAGCACCUCACCCAUCUCAAAGGCGUGGUAUGCUGUGUAAGUUUUGUUUGGUGAUAACAAGUGUGGUACCCAGGCACCGGAUCACAUCUGAGAUUGUGAACGUGACAGCGUCCAUACGGAAGCUCUACGAAGAUAAGCAGGCUCUUGGGCUCAGUCCAUCAUCAGAACAAAAUGUGGCUGAACGAAUACGCUAUGACCUUCGAAUGGGUUCCCAUUUUAUUAGGGAUGAUGAACUUGUGGGAGUUGAUUAUGCCAAGAAUUUGCUCAUUGAUUGGCUCAUACAUGGAGAAGCCAGGCGCACCAUCAUCUCCGUCGUAGGCGAAGGGGGACUCGGGAAAACAGCAAUUGUUAGGAAUCUCUACAACAAACAUAAGGAGGAUUUUGAUUGUUAUGCUUGGAUAACUGUGUCUCAUUCCUUCAAAGAGGAACAUUUGCAGACUAUAAUGCAAACUUUGUAUGAGAAUGAUGGUAAAAAGUAUCCUGUGGAGGGAAUCAGGGAAAAAGAGGUGGACAAGUGUAAUUUGACACAAAAACUAAGAGACUACUUGCAAGGAAAGAGCUACAUGAUCGUGUUUGAUGAUGUGUGGGAAAUAAACUUUUGGGAAUGCAUGGAAUUUGCUUUACCUGCUGAUACCAACAUCAGAAGCAGGAUCAUCAUCACAACAAGGGACAGAGGAAUAGCUGAAUUUUGUCAACGUUCUGCUCCGGUUCAUAUCCACGAACUAAAACCAUUACCUGCUGAUGAUGCUUUGAAGCUUUUUCUUUUGAAGACAUUUCAAUUUGACCAUCAUGGUUGUCCUCAAGAUCUGAAUGAUUUGUCUCAAAGAUUUGUUAAGAGGUGCAAGGGAGUGCCACUUGCCAUUGUAGUUAUUUCGGGCCUCCUUUCAACUAAGAAGAAAACUGUAUCUGAAUGGCAAAAGGUAUAUGAUAGCCUCCGCUCAAAAUUCUCCACCGAUCCUCAUCUUAGAAGCUUCUAUCUGGUCUUGCUAGAAAGUUAUCAUGAUCUUCCUUACCAUCUGAGGUUAUGCCUUUUGUACUUUGGCCUUUUCCCCCAAGAUUACUCCGUUAAGUGUUCAACACUUAUUCGCCUAUGGGUAGCAGAGGGCUUUGUGAAUGAAAAUGAGAUGUUUGGAGAUCAAACACUUGAGGAAGCAGCAGAAGACUACUUAGCUGAGCUCAUUCGUAGAAGCUUGGUUAAAGUCUCCAAUGUGUUUGUCAAUGGCAAGGUUAAAAGUUGCAGGGUCCAUGAUUUGAUGCAUGACUUUAUUGUCAGAAAGUGUGAGGAGUUAAACUUUUGCCAAGUGGUGAGCAAGCAACAGUUCGGAUUUCAUGAAUGGACGAGGCGUAUAUCAAUCCAGAAUAUUGACAAAAGUGCUUUUAUUGGAAAUGAUCAAAGUUUUGUUCGGGUGCGAUCCUGUCUUAGUUGUGGCAUUGAAGAACUUUCAGAAUCUGUGGUAAAAUCUUUGUUCUCCGGUUUCAAUCUCUUGGUGACAUUAGGCCUUGAAGAUUUUCCACUUGAUCAUCUUCCUGAAGUUGUAGGAAACUUAUUGAAUUUGAAGUAUUUGAGCUUAAGGAAGACGAAAAUCAAGACAAUUCCCAAGUCCAUUGGCAAGCUUCAAAAGCUACAAACUCUAAACCUUAGAGAUACACAAGUACUAGAGCUACCUAUGGAAAUCAAUAAGCUUGUUAAGCUGCGACAUCUUUUAUCUUAUUCCUUCGGUUCCAAAGAACAUUGGCAACAUUUAUUAGGCUUCAGGUUGAAUGGAGGGAUUGGGGGUUUAACAGAUUUGCAGAGUCUUGCGAUGGUGGAUACAAGUACAGCUAAUGGGGAUGGAAUUAUUCGAGAAAUGGAGAAUAUGAUCAAUAUGAAGAAGUUGGGCAUUGUUGAGUUAAGUGAAGUCAAUGGAAGUAGUGUUUGCAAUGCCAUAAAGAACAUGCCCAAUCUUUGCUCUCUAUCCAUCAAGGCAGCCGAAAACUGUGGAUUUCUUGUGCUGCAAGCAAUAGUUGAUCCUCCUGCUAACCUGCAACGUCUUUACCUGAAUGGGCCUCUGCAGAGAUUGCCAGAAUGGAUUCCCAAGCUUAAGCAUCUUAUUAAGUUACGCUUGAUAGGGUCAAGGCUAGCUGAAGAUCCAUUGCCUAAACUUGAAGGCCUGCCAGAAUUGCUGGAACUCCAUCUUGAUCACUAUUGUGAGAGUGAAGAGGUACAUUUUAAAUGCGGCUGGUUUGAGAAAUUAAAGGAGUUAACCUUGCAGAGGAUGAAUACUCUGAGGACUUUAAAGAUAGAUAAAGGGGCACUGCCUAAGCUUGAAGUUUUGCGGCUGGGCUCAUGCCCUCAAAUAAUAGAAGGGGCGGAUGCUAUUCAAAAUUUGGAAGCUCUUAAGAAUCUUUACCUCAUUGACAUGCCAAUACAAUUUAAAGAUGAUAUUGCUCUUAAUAUUCCUUACAACAUUGACAUGCCAAUACAAUAUUCAAAUGAUAUUGCUCUUAAUAAUCCUAAAGACAUUGACAUGCCAAGACAAUUUGCAAAUGAUAUUUCUACCCCAUUAAAGGAAAACACAACACUGGAUAUUUCUCCACCUUUGCUCCCUCCCCCGCAACUUACUCCGCCGCGCCUUCCUCCCAGGAGGGGACAACUUAAAGUUAAGGUUUUACAAGAUCUGGCAUCCGCAGCUAUCAGAUCUCUUUCGGCUGCCUAAAUGG